AUGGCGGACAAGGCGUGGUUCUAUGGCUGCAGUUUCAUCAGUGUCCAAGACACACUGGCUGACUUUGUCGGCCGUCAUUACUUCAAAAACUGUUACAUCGAAGGAGCCAUUGAUUUUAUAUGGGGAGGAGGCCAAUCUAUAUACGAAAAAUGCGUGAUAUAUGUUAAAGGAAUGACAAAAGAUGAAAUGGUGGAAGGCGGAGCAAUGUUACCGGGAUUCAUAACCGCGCAAGGGAGGCAAAGCGAGCAAGACACAAGUGGAUUUGUGUUCAAAUACUGCGCGAUUAAAGGAGAUGGAACGGCGUUCUUGGGAAGAGCUUACCGAGGCUACUCUAGAGUUGUCUUUUAUGCAACCAGCAUGUCUAAUGUCGUUGUUCCUCAAGGAUGGGAUGCUUGGCUUAAUAAAGGCGAAGAAGAUAAAAUUACAUUUGCGGAGGUAAAUUGUACGGGAGAAGGAGCGAAUAAGCAAGGAAGAGCUGCAUGGCAGAAGAAUCUUUCUGCUACAGAUGUUGAUUUUCUUGUAAACCCCAACACUUUCAUUGAUAGAGAUAGUUGGAUCUUCACACUUCCUUAUUCUCUUGUUUCUUUAUAUUCACCAUCUUCCAUUCAGUAA